UUCCCUUUGUCCCCGCCCCUCCAACUACGCGCUUCACGACCGGAAGCGCCCUCAUAGUGACGUAAGCUUAAGCGGGGGCAUGCGCAGUCGGGGCCGGCCGGCCUGCCAGGGACAUGCAGCUACUCUUCAUCUGUUGACAUGGGCUGUUCAUUCUCUUUUGGUGAUGGUGCCUCUUCCAGGCACGGAAGAGAGAAUGAUGAGGACUUCCUAGACAGCAGAGACCGUGAGGAAGACAUCGCCAAGUUUCCAUAUGUUGAGUUCACAGGUCGAGACAGCAUCACCUGUCCAACUUGUCAAGGCACUGGCUGUAUUCCCACAGACCAGGUAAAUGAGUUGGUGGCUCUAAUACCAUACAGCGACCAGAGGCUACGUCCUCAGAGAACGAAGCUCUACGUAUUGCUGUCUGUGCUGCUCUGCCUCCUGGUCUCAGGGCUGGUUGUUUUCUUCCUGUUUCCACACUCAGUCCUUGUGGAGGAUGAGGGAAUCAAAGUGGUUCAAGUGUGGUUUGACCAGAAAAACUCCAUUGUCAUUCUUGCCAUCACGACCACCCUGAGGAUUAAGAACUCCAACUUCUAUUCAGUCGCAGUAACCAGCAUAGCCAGUCAGGUGCAGUACAUGAACACUGUGGUUGGAACCCAUCAGAUGACCAAUGUGUCUCGCAUCCAGCCGCUGAGUGACAAACUGGUGAAUUUCACUGUGAAAUCAGAGAUGGGUGGACCUUUCUCUUAUGUGUAUUUCUUUUGUACGUUAUCCAAGGUCAAGGUGCAUAACAUAGUGAUUUUCAUGAGAACAUCAGUGAAAAUCUCCUACAUCGGCCAUGUGACUCAGAGCUCCUUGGAAACCUAUCACUAUGUAGAUUGUGGUGCUAAUUCCACAACUGUCCAGGACUCGCGGCCUGUGUCCUCCCCACCUUCCCUAAACAGCCUAUCCAAAGAGGAGAGGAUGCUCUGAAGACACCUAAGUCAACUAGUACUGCUCUGGGGGAAGUGAUCAUGCGGGCGGACUUCCAUUGUGAAUUCUGUGCCUCUCCGCAGGAUCGCAAAGUAGCUUUUAAAUGGGAUUAGAGGUAUCGGUGCUGUCUGUGGCAAAAUUUGGAGUGAGCCGGAGGUGGCACUUCACAUUAACACACAGGCAACCUGGCUGCACUGCUUACCUCUGGGCAGCAGUUUGAGAUUGAGUCCACUGUGAGCCCGUCUGACCCACUCCACAAUGUGCUGGCUGCCCGCCCACUUAACGUGGUGCGGAUCAGAUAUUUAGCUGUUGCACUGAAGUGCUUAGAAUUCGUUCCAGAGGAAAUCAAGUGACCAAGGGCAUCCAGCCGUCGUGUAACAAAACCAUCUUUCAUUGCGGUGGCUGUUGCCAUAGCUGCCUCGCUCAGUGGAACCAGCUAGCUCUUGGACCUCUUGCUUCCUAACAAUGCAUAAAGGUGUCUACUCUUGGAGUAUGUUGUAUUUAAAGGUUGUGAGUUCUAGUGUGUCACUGAAGACAGGGAACCCGUGAUUGAGCAGUUCA